UCGUUUUCACUAAUCUCUUGUCCUAUGUUUGUCGCAUAUAGAACUUGUUCUGAGACGAGAGUUCAAUGUUGAAAACGGACAUAAAAACAAUAUGAGGAUAUCUUAACACUAUGAGUUCCACGAAUUUGGAGCAGUACCUAAAAAAUCGGCGGCGCCGGUCCUCCGCUGUCUCUCUGCCGCUGUUCACCGGGAAAGACGCCGUCAAAUUACUCCGCGAGGAGACCAGCAACAGUCUGCAUCAAGGAAAGAAGACUUCCGUUUUCUCUUCGGAACCCCUCUGGGAACCCAGAGAUGCGGCGUCCGUCGCCGCGGAGAAGCGGUCCACAAAGUCUAACCUUCUGGAUAAGAGCACUUUGUAUUCCGUUAAACGUGAAAACAUAGCGAGCAGGGAAAUGGAAUUCCGAGCGAGGCCGCUAGUUAGACAUUCCGAUGAUCCCAACUUCAACCUUGAGCAGAAGAGAGAAAGAGAUUACAUUGUCAACGCUCGCCUGGGAGACAACAGUCUCGGCAAGUUCUCACGGGCGAUCAUUCAGCACUUCUUCAAAGCCCCGGCCCCCAAAUCCCAUCCUGGCUACGGCAUGCCUCGCCCAGAGACGCGGGAGUCUAACCCAUUCCGGGUCAUGAUGCAAGACCUGCAACGCGAUCCCAGCAUGCUUCAGAUCAGUUCCUUCCCGUCUCUAACAAAUCCCAUCAAGUGCGAGAGCGGAAACGAGUUUUGCGAGAUUCUUGGGUCGAGUGCAUGUUCAACGUGUAUAGAAAAAACGAAUCGAUAUAUUGGGGAUGAAUUGCAGAGAAUUAUGUUUCCAAAAAUGGAUUUGACGCGACAGAGACUAGUACAGCCAAAGUUAGCCCGUGUCAUGAAGGAGGGACAUAUGAUGCAGGUACGAAAACGGAGACUGAGGGAGUUACAUUUUCCGGAUCAUCUCUCUGUGCUGAAAAGAAGGGAAACACAAAUUACAGAGAAAAGUGCUCAUUUCAAGAAAAGUGCCAAACGUAAACGGAAGCAGAAGACUCUCAAUUCUUUCGUUCGCGCCACUCCGAUGACCCCCGGGAUAGCUUUAGCUACCGUGAAAGAGGAGUCAAUCGCUAGUGUGUGAUAGAUAUACAGUAUACAGGGUUGUCUUCACUCCGUGUAGUUUUCGCCCCACCACACUUGCAAACAGUUUCGACCCAUCUUGAAUUGGCCAAGACACAGUUGUGUAUAAAGAAAGAUAAUAUGAGACAUUGGAAUUCGCCAAAUCAUUAAUUUGCCCGCUGGCUACAAGGGUAAAGGGGGGGG